CAGACAUAAUUUGAGUUUCUGGGGGCGGGGAGGGAGCGACCGCACUUGCUCACAAAAAUGAUCGGUUGUAGACUAUUAGAUAUCUUUCCCCACCACUCGCUACAGUAUCGUAGACUGGAUCUAGUCUGAAACCAAUGGAAUCCUGAAUCAUGGCUGCAAAAGAGGAUCUCUUCAGCAAAAUCAUCCCGCGAAGCCUUCGGCCGAAAGUAUCCGGCACUGUGAAAUAUGGAUCGAAUUUGGACGUCCUCUUAUCCAUGGGUUUCCCCAAAGCCAGGGCAUUGAAGGCACUAGUAUCAACAGGAGGCAGGAGUGUACAGGCAGCAUGUGACUGGCUGUUCUCCCAUGUGGAUGACCCCUUCCUGGAUGACCCGUUGCCCAGAGAGUACGUCCUGUACCUGCGCCCCAGCGGACCCCUGCAGAAUCAGCUCCAUCACUUCUGGCAGCAGUCCCGUGUCUCCUGCGGCAAGAACAAGGCCCACAACAUCUUCCCCCACAUCACGCUCUGCCAGUUCUUCAUGUGUGCAGACAAGAAGGUGGAUGCCCUGUUGGAGGCCCUGCAGGCCACGGUCGACCAAUGGAGGGGUCGUUUCCCUAGCCCUCUGCCCCUGGAGCUCUACACCUCCUUCAACUUCAUAGGCCUCUUCGUCGAGGAGCAGAUCGCAGAUGUCCUCAAGCAGUUUGCUGCCGACUUUGCUUCCGAGGCUGCCAGAAAAGCAGAUGUCCAUUUAGAGCCCCAUAAGAAGCAGCUCCAUGUGACGUUAGCCUACUACUUCCCCACCAAUCACCUGACCUCCCUGGAAAAGCUGGCCAAGGGAAUCGAGGUGAAGCUAGGCUGUGAUUGGCUGGCUGUCCUUUUCUCCCGGGACAUUCGGUUUGCCAAUCAUGAGACGCUGCGCGUGAUGUAUCCCUACGCCCCUCAGAAUGAGGACGAGCUGGAGCUGGUCCUGGGUGACUUUGUCUUCACGUCUCCCUUGGAGCAGAAAAACACCAGCGAGGGCUGGGUCUACGGGUCCUCCCUGGCCACGGGGCUGUCCGGCCUAUUGCCUGAGAACUACGUCAGCCGGGCAGAUGAGUGUGACACCUGGGUCUUCCACGGAUCACACUCCUUCUUCAAUUGCUCCGCCACCUCCGACAAAGAGAGCAGGGAAAGGGGCCUGUUCGAUGGGCUGCUGGACAGCCGUCGCCUCGACAACGCAAGCCCUGGGGACACACCCACUUCGAGCCUCAUCUAUCAUCCCAUGCAGGUGCUUCGGGUCGGUAGCAAUCACUCUCAGCUGCCCAAGCAGACCCUGUUUGUCUGUCGGCACGGUGAGCGGAUGGAUGUGGUGUUUGGGAAACAGUGGCUUUCACUGUGCUCUGACUCCAAAGGUAGAUAUGUGCGCACUAACCUGAACAUGCCAGUCAGCCUGCCCAUGUGGAAUGGAGGACACCGAGAUUACGACAUGGACACCCCCAUCACUGUGUUUGGUUCCACACAAGCACAAAUAGUGGGUCAGGCGUUGUUGGAGAGCAACACAGUGAUAGACGUUGUGUACUGUUCGCCUUCUCUGCGCUGUGUCCAGACUGCUCAGAACAUCCUCAAAGGUAUGCAGCAGGAUGGCAAGCUGAAGAUCAGAGUGGAGCCAGGGCUAUUCGAAUGGACCAAGUGGGUCUCUGGCAGCUCUCUUCCUGCCUGGAUCCCUCCCACAGACCUGGCUGCAUCCCACUUCAGUGUUGACACAACAUACAGACCUCUCAUCCCAAUAUGCAAACUUAGCGUGUCGGAGUCCUAUGACACGUACAUGAGCCGGAGCUACCAAGUGACCAAAGACAUUCUGUCUGACUGUGAAAAUAUGGGAAACAAAAUACUGAUUGUGGCCCAUGCUUCCUCUCUGGAGGCCUGCACCCGACAGCUCCAGGGCCGCAGCCCCCAGACCUCCAAGGACUUCAUCCAAGUAGUCAGGAAGAUCCCCUACCUGGGUUUCUGUACGUGCGAGGAGCAGAGUGACACGGGGAUCUGGCAGCUGGUGGACCCACCCAUCCUGCCCCUCACACAUGGACCCAACCACAGCUUCAACUGGAGGGAGACCCUCCUCCAGGAAUGACAUCCGCUUCCGUGGAGAGCAGACUUGCUUAGCCCCAUCCUGAGGAUGUAGUUUCUGGUCAAACAGCACUGAAAGACCCCACCAGAGUCAAUGGGUGGUUGGACCUAGAUGUACUAUACUGUACAUAUUGUCAUUUGACAGUAUUGUUGACAUUUCUAAUUUGACAGUAUUGUUGUUAGUGAGAGUGGAGAGAGCAGGGCUAAGUCUCGGCCUGGUUGAUCGUGGAGGCUAAGCACAUGAACCAUUACAUAUUAUAUCAUCAACUGUGUGCCAGAAGGAAGUCACAAGGUUGAGAACAUUGACCUAAAAAAACGAACAGAGUAGUUUGUGUUUCGAAAAGCAAUUGUAUCCCUAGUCCCGCUUGCAGAUGUUAUCCUCAAAAGCCCUUGAUUGUAGCCGCAAGUCAUGUCUCGGAUGUUUCCCGGUGUGGAAUCUGUGUUUCUGUGUGUAUAAAGUUGAACUCAUUGUGGGAGAAAACAUGCAAAACUUAGUUCAUGAUCUCUUGCAAUGUGUUCAGUAUGACAUCGUUUAUGACUUUAUGGUCACGUUGUAUGCUGGUUGUAUAAAAAUGUUUUGGGUGGCCUUUCACCCGGUUUGUUUGAAACAGUCUCGAUGGGACAAAAUGAACUAUUGACAAUCACAGGUGAGCCUUGGUGAGGCAGGUCUAAUAACCAGAAGUUAGGAACCUCCACUGUACGUGUUUAUUUUACAUAAUGUAAGGUCUUACUGCAGAAUAGUUGUCGACCACUGCACUAGAAAAUAUCUUUCAGUCUUCCAGUUGUGACCAUUUAUAUUUUAUUCAGAUACUUAACAAUUGAAGAGCUUUUAUCAAAUCUUAUUAAAAAGACCUGUCCUGUGGUAGGAAAAUAAGUUUUUCUCAGGUGCAGUUUUCAUUGUGACCUAAUACAGUAUUUGCAUUUCAUUGGGUCAUGAAAAUUGUUGUGAGUGCCUCUGAAGAUUGAACCUGAUUUCUCUUGACGUCUCAGUGGUGAAAUCAGAGGGAGGUUCACUGCUCAUUAUGUCAACUUGAAUGCUUUUGUGUAGCCUCAUCUAAAUCUAUCUGAUCUAAUCUUUCUGCAAAUAAUGCAUUUAUUAUUGAGGAGGAUCUAUAACAAUGCUCUGGUGCUGUUCUUCCAUUGAUACAUGCAAAUACAAUACUUACAAGUACAAUACUUACAAGUACAAUACUUACAAGUACAAUUGCGAAAUGUGUAAUAAAAGUGUCAGUGAGGAACAAAGCAGACCUACAUCAGAGGUUAGCCACAUGCACUGUUGAGGAAACUCUGGAAACUGAGGAGGAAGCCAUCUGUGUCAAUUUGUGUUCAUUUAUUGUCUCAAAUAUUGUAUUUCCAAAUGUAUAUAAACGUUAAUUUAAGUAAUUUAAGUUUUUCACCAAAAUGCUAAAAGUUAAAUCAAACAUAUUCUUUAUAUUUGGGCGAAAAUUUGCAAAAUAUUGAAAAGAUUGCCACUUGUAUAUUCAGAUAUGAGCAUAUCUUUAUUUUGUUCUUUUGUUUGUUUUGUUUUGUUCUUUAUUUUGAUUCAAAAAUUGUCUGAAUUCCCCCCUCUAUAUGAUACAGACAUGAUCACUGUUUCAGAUAUGUAUAAGAUACAUAUCAAAUAAAUAACAAAUCGGGUCA